AUGAUCACGGAGGCGCUAGAACACGUUAGGUCAUACCCGGCGCAAAUCGCGGUCCACCGCAAGACUGAAAUCGCGGAGGUCCCAGCCGAAGGGGACCAGCCCGUGACCAUUGGCAAGAUUCAAGCUGACGUGGAUGUCAUAUUACAGCACUUAAAGUCUCAUACGGAGCUCAAGCAUUACGUUGAUGAGGCGCAGGCGCUAGUCGAGCUGCUUGGGGCUUUAUAUCACGGGUGGCUGGUUCCACUGUAUCGGACAGCCCCGAAGAGCAAAACUGUGAACAACGAUGAGGAGUCAAAAGAGGAUGUGCUGGAAGAGAGUAUUCCCAAUGAAAGUGCUCCCAAUGAAAGUGCACCCAUUGAAAGCGCUUCCGAUGAGACUGCACCUAAAGUGAGUGAGCCCGAAGAGAAUGCGCCUAAAGAGAGUGUCCCCGAAAGAAGUGUGGACGAAACCGAGUUGCAGUGCGGUCAAGAUGAGACCACAGUGUGUUCAGUGCUGCAAGACAAAGCAAUGGUUAGGAGCGCGGCCCUGGAGAGUUCUGCGGGCGGUGGCCGAGUCGGCGGUUGCGUGGAGGGCCGGCAGGAGACGGUGCGAGAGAUCGAGGCGGCGAUCGGUGGGUUGCUGGACUGUCUGACGGUGUUGUGCGUGGAGACUGAGGAGGAUGCGGGUGACGUGCAGGGUUCGAGGGACUGCCGAGACCGGCGACAAGUGGUUCGCAAGGCGGUGCCGGCGUCGUUACUUAGCCAGUUGGCAGAGGCGAUGGUGCGGAAGGGCGUGGAUGAGACGGCGCGGCGUGCGUGUGUGGAAGCGGUCAUGGUCCUGGCACGUGCGUUGGGCAGUUUGGAUGAAGAGUACUGGUUACGCGUCUGCCGAUUGGGUGCAGAGUGCGUGGAAUGCCCUCGGGUGCGAACCCGUGCGUUGGCUGCGUUGGGAGUGAUGCUGCAGAGCAAGUUGGCGCUGGGGACCAAGACGAGUGUGGUCAAGGUGGGUCACGAGUUGAGUCUGGUCACUUCCACCGUCAUCGACAUCCUCAACGAAGAGGGUGCGGAGGAGAGGGAGUAUGUUGACUUUGUGUUGUCGGCGAUUUUGCGACUUCUGGGCGAUGAGGAACGCAGUGCACAGGAUGCAGUGGAUUGGCCGAGUUGGUUGGGGCAGUUGUUAGAUGGACGUUUGGCGGCGGAUGAGGAGUUGUGCGGGGCGUUGGGUUUCUUGAACCUGCUGCAUUCCGCCGCUCCCAACGAGUUUGCGACUUACGUCUCGCUUGCAGGUCUCGCCUUCCGCGUGCUCCCGCUCGUCUGCAAGGCCGCGGCUGCGCCGCUGCGCACACAGACGGAGGCCGCGGCGUUUUUAAGUCACUGUCUUGACUUUCCAAGCCUGCGCAAACAACUGCUCGAAGCCGAGGCCGUGGACCUUCUUGCGCCCGCGCUCGACCGCGCAGACGACCCCGAGCUGCGCGCCGCCGUCGUUGCCGCCCUUGCGAAACUUGCAUUCCACGGCGCCGAGGCCAAGGACCUUGUGCUCGACUCGGUGCCCUUCUACUCCCUCGUCCACACCCUCGCCCAACACAUCCGCACACGGGUCGGAACGGGGUCGGACAGGACGGAGUCGGACAGGACGGAGUCGGAAGGGGCAGGACCGCCGCCACGACCUCGGGCCGACCAGGGCCGCCUGCAGCGCAUUGCGCGCUCUGUCGUCUCCACGCUCGCGUCGCUCUCCUUUCACGCGGAGUUCAAGGCCCGCGUCCUGCGUCUAGCUUCGCUCGAAGAACUCGAGCGCGUCAGCGCCGAGUACGACGGCGACGGCGGUGGCGACGGCGGCACCGAGACGCGCCCGCUGCUCAAGCCAGGCAGCCGCCUCGACGCCGUGACCGACAAGCUCUUGGCGGGCGCGGCGGCGGAGAGCGCAGCGGCGAAGGACGUGGCGGCGAUGGACGUAUUGGAAGACCUGCAGGUAGCUGCGGCGGUGUGUCCGGUGCAGCAGGGGGCGUUGGACGUGGUGUUGACGGUGUUCAAUGUGUUGCGUUCAAGGCACGACCGGAAGGUGUUGUCCAACUCGGAGAAACGUGGUCCGGACUUGGACGCGAGUCAGUUGAAGGAGUUGGAGGCGAUGUACCACCGGCUGCCGGAGCAGGCGAAGGUGGCGGAGCGGCGGCUGUACGACUCGGGUGGGCUGGUGGCGGCGAUGGCUGUGCGGAAGUAUGUGUUGAUGCGAACGGGGUUGGUGCAGGCGCUGGACGGGUUGUUGGAGCACGGACGUUGGUCGGGAGGGUCGGGCGGUUGGGCGGGCGGCCGUGCUGGGCGGUCGCUCUGUGUGUUGGCGAGUCACAGUGUGUGUUGCCUGGCGAGUGUGUUGGGGUUGCGUGCGAAGUUGGUGGCGGCGGGUGGUUUGCGUGUGUUGUUGCGCGGUUGUGAGCAGGGCGACGUGGAGGCUCGUUUCCAGGUCUGUUCACUGGUGGCGACAUGUCCGCCGCGAGCGUUGGGUUAUGCGGUGCGGAUGCGUUGUGCACACGAGUUGUUGCAGACGGUGGGUGCGGAGGAGGAGGAGUUGCCCGUUUGUUUUGCGGCGCGUGGGUUAGUGAAUUUGUGCGCACUGUUUGAGGAUGUUAGCGUUAAGAUUUGGGACGGCGGUCGCGGCUGGCGUACGUGCGAGAACCUCAUGACCGACUGGAGCGACUUGACAUCACGGUACGGUGCGGAGCUACUGUGCAAUCUCACCUCUAAGGAUGCUGUUCAGCAAAAACUUCAGGCACUCAUCCUGGCGGGCGACACAGACGCCAGCCGGCGCUGGCCGCUUUCGCUCUUGGUCGCCUUUGCCUCGGACGCGUCCGUGCCGGAGCGACAGUACGCGUGCCUGAGUACGCUCUACCACUUGAGCGGCCCCACGGAACUGGCCGUUUGGGUCUUCAACCAAGCGACAGUUGAAAUCUCCGGCCAGACUUACUUGGUGCUUGACAGAGUCCUGGAGAUAUGGAGCGUUUUCGGACAGCAGGACGCUCAGGUCGAGUUGCGCGUUGUGUGCACCGUGAUCAACGUCCUCCUCAACAACCUCCAGUUCGUUCACGCUCUCGGCCAGACGCCGACGGCAGAUUCGCGCGAACUGCUGACGACGGUCGAGCUCAACUCCGUCAAGACCAUGCUCGCCACGGGCAUGCUCUGGAACGCGCUUUCGGACGCCGCCAAGACCCGCUUCACCAGACACUUCCAUGAGUUCGUCCGAGAACCCACUUACCGACAGAUCGUCGCCCGCUUGCCGGGCACCAUGCAGACCCUGUGGACCAGCUUUUGA